UGUUGCCAUACGUCGGUAGUAAUGUUGUGGCUAGUCGUGGUGACUGGCCGGUUCCUGGCACACGAGUGAAGAAACUCGAUACCAGUCAGGGCUGCAAUGCUAUUUUAAGAGCCGAGAACUUCUCCCACAGUUUAUUUAUAGCGAUGGUUGAUCUCAUUCCCCAGCCGAUUUGGAACUGGGUGUCGAAAGCAUGGAGGAGUAUGGAAGACUUGGCGGAUAAGAUAGACGAUCUCAUCUGCACAUUCGAAGGCGGCGGCGAUUCGACCAUGGAUACCGUGGCGAUGUACAUGUUCGGAUGGAUGUUGUUGGGCCUGGUGGUCGUCGGUGUCGGACGUUUCGCCUACAGAAAAUUCGUCACAGGGGAGAAAGUGGCCGUGGACAAAACCGAGCCUGCCGAGACACCGGCCAUAACCAACAAGAUUGACGCCCAGGAACCGGCGAAGGAGGUCGUACUCAAAGCCGUUUCCAAACCUCUCUCCGCCCCUGCAGUCUCUGCGGGUACAGGUAAAUACGUUCCUCCGACUCCCCCGACCCGGAAAAGGCUCGGUUCGAAAUCCGGACGACCGACCGGAGGUCCUGUGAAACCGAAACAGAGCACCGCCGUCCAUCCACCCCCGACCGCAACAGGACCGGAAUCCGAAAGUGUCAAGUGGGUGAAUGAUUUGUUUAAUUGGUUAUAUUCCGAUUUAGUUGUAGUGAAUGAACUCCUUACCAUUUGGAUUCUCUCCCUAAACGAAUUUACGAAGAAAUCCGUAGCAGAGCAUGGUGUUGGUGUGGAAUUUGUGAGGGUUCUCCCGGAAUCUCCUCCGCCGAAUAUCAGCAAUGUUUUCUGCGAAUGUGCCUCUAAUGAUGACGUUACAAUAACAUGUGACUGUGAAACCACACCUGCCUUACAGCUCAAAGUAUUCAGACAAAAAGGGGAAAAAGUUGAAGUUUCUCAUUACAGAUUGAAUGUAAAUAGGUUCAGAGCAAGGCUCAACAUUGUUGCAAUAACUGAGAAACUCCUUGCUGACAUUAAAUGUGAUGGCUGGCCUGAAGUUAAAGUCUCCCUCGCUCAGGUUGGGUCAAUCAAAAACAAUUUGGAUGAGAAUCAACUGCAAGAUGUUAUUAGUGAAAUUGUUACUGCAGCGUUGAGAAGUUCAAAUGUUCAUUGCAACUUGAGCCAGUACCCAAAUUGCCCGAGGCUGUCAAGAUAUGUUGCGAGCCAAGGGCCCCUUCUUCCAGUUCAUUAUGAUAGCCUUAUUCCUGGUGGACCUAAUAAGACUUCAAGCAAAAGACUCUUAAUCAAAGUUAUUAAAGCUCAAGGUCUUGGCGCCUCUCAAGGUUGUUCUGAGCCUUUCUGUGUUGUGGAAGUUGAUGACCCUCCACAGAAAAACCAAACUACAUCCAAGAAAGGGACAACUAACCCUGUCUGGGAAGAGCAUUUUCUCUUUGAUGUUAACAACAUGACGUCUGAAAUCCUACUUGAAGUUUAUGACAAGACAACAGAUGGAAAUAAAUUCAUGGGUUUGGGUAUCGUUUCAAUGGACGAACUUACAACAACUCCUAGCCAGAGGCAAAUUAUAUCCCUGCAGUCUACACCUGUACAUGAUUCCCCUGUCUCAGGAACAUUAACUGUUGAGUUCUUGAUGAUAGAAGGAGCUGAUUUGCCUGUUACUGGGGACAAACCAUUCAAGGUGAAAGAGACAUUAAGAUCUGUGUCUCCUUCCGGUCAGAUGUUAAUGACAACCAGAACAACAAUUGUCAAUGACCAAUUAGCUAAUGGAGGCGAUGGAAUUACCGAUUCCGCUCUUAGGGAAAUUGAGAUGAAUCGAGGCUUACAGCCAAAUAAAAGCACGCUUAUAAUACAUAGUGUGCAAAGGUCACCACCAUCUGAUCAACAACAAACGCUGAAGGUGGAGUUAUCGGAAACUGGGAUGUGGCAUGAAGUGUCUGAAUCAAAGCAGGGAAUGAAUGCCCCAUCUCCAGGAGGAGUUGCUGAGAACACAGCCACAAACCAAGAACUAAAUGGAACUGACCGAGGAAGAAGUCGGAAAAAAAAGAGGGAUUUUUUCGGUACUCUCAGGAGGCGAUUGAACAGAUCAAAAGCAAGAUCACGUUCAGCAGGUCCAGGAGGUGAUGACGGCGACUAUGACCAGGCGGCGAGGUCAAUCUCUGCUGACAGGGGACGUGACCCAUCAGCCCAUUCGACAGAUAACAAUUGUUUGAUAGAUCAACAGGAAAAGGAGCUUCACCAAUCUAAAGAUACAAUAUCACCUCUCCCAACAAUAUUUUCAUAUUUGUCAGUUCCUGGUCUGAGGGAAGGUUCCGAAAGGUCCAGUCUCAGUGAAGUUUCAGGGAUCAGCGGAGCAUCAAGUCGAACUUACGUAAACGAGGCAUCUACGCUUGUACUUGAAACAGUCGAAAACGAUAUAUACAAGUAUUACUUGGUGCCGUUAUCGAUUGCUCAGAGGAGUAAAUGGAAGAAGAAAGGUACAAAACUACAUAUAUUUAAUGACCAUACAUUUAUCGCCAAGCAUUUGUCAGGCGGCACAAUGUGCCAAGUUUGUAAAAAAGGGCUUCCAAGGCGGCUUGGUAAGCAGGGUUAUGAAUGCAGAGACUGCCAACUCAAGUGCCAUAAACAUUGUCACAUUAAAGUGGAAACAACAUGCCCAAAUUCCAACAUUCACAGUCUUGAACUGUCGCUCUUACCUGUACUGAGUGAAUAGCUGCACAGAUAUGAUGAGCCCAUAUUCAGUUCGCAUAUUGGAAAACAAGAGUUGAAGACCGGGCAGAGGUGAAAUUACAUCGUGAUUUUAAGAAUUUAAUUUUAUAUAUAUAUAAAAAAAAAUAUAAAAAAAGCGUUCUAUCAAUAUAGGCCUAAUAUUGUCAACUUAUUAUAUUCAUAUGUAGUUGAAACAAAUAAAAACUAAGUGCUAAACUUUUGUCCUGAUGUCAAAUGUUACUUAAUAAAAAUAUACAUUACUUUAUUUAGAACAAUAAUAAACAUGACAAUUAUGAUUAGAAACUUGCCAAAAAAAGGUAAACUAAUAAAAUGCUUAUAUACUACAAGAAAAUUACUAAUGAGAGAAAAAAAAAAUUGCUUUACCUAUAACAGCUUGCAAAGGCUAAAGAUGAAUGUUGUAUUAUUUUUUACAUUUAUACAAUUAUUUAAAACAGUGCCUUGGUUAUUGUUUGAACUUUUAAGCAGGAAACCCACCACAGUUUUUUUCUUCUUAAUUUUUAUGAUUUCAGAUAAAGUAAGUUAAACUAUUUGUGUAUUUUUAUUUUAUGAUAUCAGCAAUGGUACAUGUGGGAUGUAAAUAACAUGUAUUUAUUAAAAGUCUGUUUAAUAUUUGUACCAAUUCGCCUUUUCAACUACAAUUUAAAUCAUAAUUUUUAAUCUUACAUUCAAGAAGUACUUGGGUUGAGGGAAUUUGAAUUAGAUGAGCAUAAUGAAAAAUCUGUUUAACAAUAGGUUUAUGAUUUCAUUAAUACUAUGCUCACUUUUGGUUUAUUGAUUAUAUUUAACUAUUUACAAUUAUGGUUGUUCACACUCUAGUCUUUUGUGUUUAGAAAACAAAAUUAAAAUUAUUGUGACAAUAUUGUGUAAUGAGAUAUUACUUUGUGCUGUUACCGUUAAAAAAGGUUUUAAUUAAAUAAUCUCAAUUGUGAUUGUUCCAUAUAAUCUUUAUAUUAUUGUAAAGACAUAUUUUACUUCUGUAGUAAAUCUAUGUAAAUAAGAAAGUUUAUUCGUUUUACUUAUUUUGAAUAAUCUUUCCUUAUCAGCUGUGUAAUGAUCAAAUUUUAAGGACUGUUGUUUUCUCAGUUUUAAAAUCUGUAAUAAGUUCAUCAUUAAAAACUGAAUGCAUUUCUUCUUCCCUUGCAGCGAAAUUUGAAAGGUGGAUAUUUUCUGAACGUUUAGUUAAUGUGAUUUUUUUUAUCAAAUUGUAAUGUUUAAAAUUAAUAAUUCAAAUUUCUUUGUAAGCUACACUCAGUUAAAAUUUAUGUUACCAUCUGAACAUCUAAGUCUUAUAAUCAUUGAGUACAUGUAUAUUUAAUUUUUUGGCAUGCAAUAAAAUGUACCGUCUAGUUUUUUAA